AUGUCUUGCGAGCGCAUCCGCCCAAAAGACUUCCACAGUCCUGCCGCUAACCAGUACACGCUGAACUGCCUGGACGAGUUGGCACGCAGUCCUACGUUCAAAUCCUAUGUGCGCCACGUAGAAUACAAGGAGCGGUUUUACCUCACAUGGUUCCUCGCCCCCUUCACCCUAUUCGGCAUUCUCUACUAUCACCUCAAGAUGUUCGGCGAAGAGGGCAUUUCCCUCUUCAUGGCCUCGUCGACGAGUUCAUCUGUCUCGCUUCCGGCACCGCCUGCUGGAAUGGUGUGUGCUACGGUGAUCUUGCUACUGUUCGCCGUUCCGUGUAUCGUGAUCGCGCCUUUUGUCGGCUUCUUUGAGGAGCCGCGCCGUUGGCAGUCCCUCAUCACACUCGCCUUUCUCACGCUUGUGAACGUCGCCGUUGUCUCCUUUGGUGGCAACCCUUUGCAUUAUCCGCCGUUUGUGACGACUUUGCCUCCUGUGACGGAACUGAUUAUCUCAUGGAACCCUGUAGAUGUUGCUGUCGUCCUUCUCCGUGACAUCUUUGUCCGCCGCGCCUUGUGCUUGCAGGGCUUUCUUCUAGCCGGCUACACCGUUGCUUUUUGGCGAAGCCGCUUCUGGGGUCGCGUGUGGCAUCCUCCGCUGCCCUUGGUGACGGUUCCGAUCGCCGUCGGUCUUUCAGGGAUUGGGUGGUGGGUGGUAGUGCAGAAGGGUGUGCCGUUGUUUUUCACAGCGAGUGGCUGCCCCACUCUUGUGGCGGAGGCACUGCAUUGGUCUGCCGUGAAGUCCGAUCCUGCCGGCGCCGCAAGCUUGUGCUUUACAGUGGCCAAAGAAAUCUACCGGCAAGUCGUAAGGGACGCGGCCUCUCUGUGGCAGCAGCGCCAACUCCCCAUGGUGCUGCAGAACCCCUCUUCGUGCAUGUCACUCUAUCUUGCCGCGGCGUCGAUGGCGCUCGUCCACGUCUUCGUCCUCCUCCUAAAGCCUGUGGCGGACUUUGUGUUGGGGGGUUUCUUCUUUGUUCUUCCGACGGACCCGACACUGUGGUGCCUCACGCUGAUCGGAACAAUCGGUGGUGCCGUCACCUUGUGGCGCAUGAAUGAUGGGUUCGUAUACACCCCUCACAUCGCCGGUCUUUGCGCAGUUGCCUUUUCGCUUUUACUGAACGGCUUUUUUGCCUAA